AUGCUAUCCCCACUCCCAGCAAUAUGCCUCCUCCUUUCCCUCGCCACAACCACCACAGCCAUCACAGGUCACACCCUCUCAUUCCAAAACCUCUUCCCCGAGCCACGCCUCCUAAUAUUCACCCCCACACCCAGCAGCUAUAUAAUCCCGCCCCAACUAAUCGCGCCUUCCCAAAUCCUAUCACUCUCCACACCCCACUGGAACGGCAAUUUCAAAGCCGUUAACGCCAGCACAUACAAUGCUGAGAAUCCUGGUCUGGAAAAUCAUAUUUGGGGUGAGGUAUGUUUUGCGUGUUGGCAAGACAUUACGUUUUUUGACGUGAGUGCCAUUUGGAAUUGUUGUGAUAAUGAGGGGGUGCAUUGGAUGUGGGGGUAUGAUUAUGAUGGGGAUGUGGAUGUGGAGGGUGAUGGGGAGGGUAUUAGGGAGGGGGUGCGCGAGGGGGAGGUUUCUGGCUGUGAGACGUUUCCGUGUAAAACGGUUUAUAAUAAAAGUGGGGAUAUGCAGACGAAGACCACGACAAAAAAUGCAAUUUGGGUUGUGUUGGGGUCUUAA